UAUUUCCCGUACCCAUAAUAAACGAUGCCAAUGUCCAGCAGGUCGGUUCUAUUAACUGGGAUUGUGGUGGACACACAGUAGUGUGAGGGAUUUAUUUAUAAAAUGAUCCGCUAGUGUUGUUUUGUUUUUCACGUCCACUCCCUGCUCACAUAGGAGGUAAUUGAACUGACCACCUGACCUAAUGAUGCCGUAAGGAUGGUAGCUCUGGUCCACGACGUUACUGCGCAUUUCUCCACCACUAAGCUAGAGUAAUGCCUGAUGUCCACCAGAUGCAUGUGCGUUUUGUUUUGCUGGAUGUCUAGCCCGCAUUUUCCGUACAAUUCAUUUGAAAAUUAAUGACUUCCGCCGGAUCGCAAAGAGUUUGAUGCGUCCGGUGGACGUGAGGCGUAACAGGCAGUUAACGCCCUGGACCAGAGCUAUAAGGAUCGCUAUAACGGUUUGUUGCAACGUGGGCGUCAACAUGGAACCACACGCGCUAUUAUUUGACACCGAUGUCCAUGUCCGUUCCAUGUCGCGACCAAAUCGUCUCGGGACGCGGUAAUCGGUUUAUUCUCUGGUUUUCUUCUACCCUCAGAGGUGGGUGAAUCUAGAAGAACGUAUUAAAAGCUCUUGUGGAUUUAAAUGGAUGAAACGCAACGUUGCUUGGCUACAACGCAGGGACAGAUCAUGUCUAUUCAGAAAAGCUGAGGUUAUUGAUGAUUUUGGGCAAAGACAAUGUUACAGCAAUAACGGAAGGAUGCUUGUCAGGCCCUAGAGGUUUAUCACUGUAGCCACGGGGGUUUAGGCUAUUGGCGUCAUCAUUUCUGUUAUUUUGUCAACAACUACUAUUGACAUGCAGUGAUCGUAGCCUGUAGGUUACUGUAGGUUAGUGACACAGUGUUGUGUUUAGGAAACAGCUACAGUAGAUAUAGCCUGUAGCCAACGCCCACCCAUCCCAUUCCCGCCUAGUCCUUCAGUUCUAAACCCGAACAUAACCCAACAGAAGCGAACUAAACGGAACUAACCGAACGAAACCGAACGGAACGGAACGGAAUCAUGCCGUGUACGUGUGGGAACUGGAGACGGUGGAUCCGACCUCUCGUGGUCUGCCUCUAUGUAGCUCUGCUACUCGUGGUUCUGCCGCUGUGUGUCUGGGAACUACAGAAGUCUGAGGUGGGGACCCACAGUAAAGCCUGGUUCAUAGCUGGAGUGUUUGUGUUCAUGACCAUCCCCAUCUCUCUUUGGGGCAUCCUGCAACACCUGGUACACUACACACAGCCUGAGCUACAGAAACCCAUUAUCAGGAUCCUGUGGAUGGUACCCAUCUACAGUGUGGACAGUUGGAUCGCGCUGCGCUACCCCAGAAUAGCCAUCUACGUAGACACGUGUAGAGAGUGUUACGAGGCCUACGUCAUUUACAACUUCCUCAUCUUCCUGUUAAACUACCUCUCUAACCAGUAUCCCAGUUUGGUGUUGAUGCUAGAGGUUCAGGAACAACAGAAACACCUGCCACCUCUAUGCUGCUGUCCACCAUGGGCAAUGGGAGAGGUGUUGUUGUUCCGCUGUAAGCUGGGGGUUCUACAGUACACCGUCGUCAGGCCCGUAACUACAGUGAUAGCACUUGUCUGUCAGUUGUGUGGUGUGUAUGACGAGGGAAACUUCAGCAACAGGAAUGCCUGGACCUAUCUGGUCCUAGUCAACAAUAUCUCUCAACUGUUUGCCAUGUAUUGUCUGGUGCUGCUGUAUAAAGCCUUGAAGGAUGAACUGAGUCAGAUUAGACCCGUUGGGAAGUUCCUCUGUGUUAAAAUGGUCGUCUUCGUCUCGUUCUGGCAGGCAGUGUUGAUAGCUAUACUGGUGAAAGUCGGAGUGAUCUCUGAUAAACACACCUGGGACUGGGACAGUGUUGAGGCUGUAGCCACCGGACUACAGGACUUUAUCAUCUGUGUAGAGAUGUUUCUAGCAGCUAUAGCCCACCACUACAGCUAUAAACCCACCUCUCCCUCUCCCUCUCCCUCCCUACUCAAGGACUUUAUCAUCUGUGUAGAGAUGUUUCUAGCAGCUAUAGCCCACCACUACAGCUAUAAACCCACCUCUCCCUCUCCCUCUCCCUCCCUACUCAAGGACUUUAUCAUCUGUGUAGAGAUGUUUCUAGCAGCUAUAGCCCACCACUACAGCUUUACCUAUAAACCUUACAUACUGGAGGCAGAGGAGGGAAGCUGUUUUGACUCCUUCAUGGCCAUGUGGGACGUGUCUGACAUCAGAGCAGACAUCUCAGAGCAGGUCCAACACGUAGGUCGGACAGUCCUGGGCAGACCCAAUAAGAUGUACUUUGGCUCCACCGGCCGUCCUGAACACACUGAACACACAGGUCUCCUGUCGGCUGCGUCCCAGGGAGGGUCAGAGCAAGACAUCAUCGUCGCGGAAACCGUCUCCGUCCCCGCCUCCCCUCUGUCGGGUCACUACCAGGGGCUAGGCCACACCCCAAAGCCACACUCUUACUCCGCCCCCUCCGGGUUCAUUUCUUCUGAUUGGGACGAGGACAGCGAGGAGAAACAAUCGGAGACCGGUGCAGGGGUUUCGCACCCUGGUGACAUCGCUGGCGACGCCCCCACCGCCGACAUCACUGCGAGGGGUGACUUCAUUCGUGACAUCUCAGAUGGCGACGCACCCAGUGACAUCAGUGCUGACGUCACUCGUGACAUCGUUGGUGACAUCACUGGCCACGCCCUCAUUGACAUCAGUGCUGACGUCACUCGUGACAUCGUUGGUGACAUCACUGGCCACGCCCUCAUUGACAUCAGUGGCGAAGUCCCCAGUGAAAUGAGUGGUGACUUUACUGGUGACAUCACUAGUAACAUUACUUUUUACACGUAGGAGGAGUGUUACUGGUCCAGAGUGUGUUCCUUCCUGUCUCGUGACUCCUCCCCUUCACCCUGACUGGCUGAGACACGCUGCUUACACCAAACCAAUGUUUUUAAAGGGGGAGUGGACACAAUUCAGAAAGAAGGGUUUAAACAGUCAAGGAGAGUUUGGACACAGAGGAAGACAUGUUGGUGUUGUAUUUGCCAUAACAAUAGAUUCAUUAUAAAUAACUUUAUAAAUGAUGUUUAUAAAACACUAAUGUCAAGUUUGACAUAAUAAUGUGAUAUAAUUAUGUUUCGUUACUAUAAUUACUAUUGUUUUAAUAUUUUGUAAUUAAUCAUUUUUGGAUAACAAUGCUAUUUAAUUGUUGACAGUAUUUUGUCAUUAUCCGUUUCAUUCAUUAAUUUAAUAUAUAUUAAUACAUACAACAAUUCAAUACCAUAUAUAUAUAUGUAUACACUGCAAUAGACUGAACUACAGCUAAUCAUUAUUACAGGCAUGUUACUGAAGACAAUACACAGCCUACUCACGCCAUAGCAGACCAUGCUUCUAUUCAGCAGUAGGAUGCCAUUGACUUGUCAGCUGAUUCAUUCAACGACCUUCUUCUGUUGUCUUGGUAAUAAAACCAUUAUAAAAUGUUA